AUAUCUCUUAACCAUUUUCAGCUUCCACACCUUCCCCUAUGAGACGAGGUAUGUCAUGGCUUAUUCCUGUGGUAGCUUCUGUUGUUGUCUUGCUACUCAUCAUCAUAGCUGCUGUGGUAGUGCUGUAUUGCCACAGGCGAAGCAAACAACCCGGAAAACAAGGUCCUACAGAUGGAGGAACUAUCAACGAACCUAAUGCAGACAUUGAUCACUAUGCAGAGUAUCAAGGGAACCGGCGUCCUUGGAAAUAUGAGUCCGUAGGUAGUGGGCGAGCCAAAAGCAGCAUUGCACAAUCGAACAACGAUAAAGACAAACAUCCAGAGGCCUACGAGUCAGUUGAUGAUGCUUCCAAAGUCAAGAAUGAUGACCGUGUUGGAAACCCAGUUUACAACGGCAUUAAUUCGACGUCUAAACGAGAUGAAGAUGGUCGAUGUCCACCCCUGAUGAUCAACCCAAUCUACAACGGAAUGGACAUCGGGAAACCAGACUCGGCACCAUUUGGUGACCUGGUUGAAAAUCCUCUGUACGGAGAUCAAAGGGAAAAUCCUCAAGGGGAGAGGGUAAAUGUGAACCUUGGUAAUGGGCGUGUGGAAGAUGGUGGACCUCAACAUCUAGCCAAGGGAAGUGUCCUGUACGCACUGGCUAACAAGUGAACGAGCGUGAACACAAUCGCAACAAUUAUAAGAAUUUCACUUCAAGUUCUGUUAAUAACCUAUCGUAUAACCUGGAUAACACAAGAAUAUAUUAUUAUGUCAUAAUCAUUUUGGAAUGGUCACUUUAGCGUACCCUUGUUUUAAAUGACCUUUAUAUUAAUAUUUCUGUUUUAUCUUCUGCUUUGUAUAUACAUGAGUACUACUGAGUAAUGAUUUUACUAGGUAUCUAUAAUAUUACCGAGAUUCUUUGUAAAAUGUACGUUUUGAUCCAUAAAUAUAUUCGUUGAAGUUACCUUUAAGAUAUGGGGCAACCCAUAAUGUUUACCCCAUUUCUACAAGCAUGCUCAAUUCAUACAAAUAUUUGAACUUGAUGUUGAUAUUUAGGACAUUUAUCUAUUCAUUUGAUAUCUAUAUAAACAUUUCAUUUUAAUUUGUUGAACGGAGAAAACAACCAAUUAUAUUUAUUUUUGUAAACCGUGUUGAUUAGGGGGUAUGCUGUUUAGCCUGAUGAAUUACAUAUCGGCUAAUAAAAUAAGCCUUAAUGGUAGGAUAAAUAAACAUGACAUACCAAAAAUAAAAGUUAAACAAAAUUAAAUGUAUACAAAACAGAUAAAAUUAGGUGUCUACAAUGAUUUGGCCAACAAUUGAGACCUCGGGUUGUGAUCUAUCUCUUUUAUCAAUAUUUUAUUACCCACCUUCUUUUCCAUAUUGUAAAUGAAGUAUGACACACCGAAAAACGACGUUGUUCUAACAUUGCUACAUAUCACAUGUAACACACACACAAAUGGGUACAUGGGACUACACACACAUGUAAAAUGAAACUGUGGGCCAAUCCUUUUCACCUAUUCCACGUUAUAUUUUUAAUACGAGGGCGUUUGGAAGCGAUAUUUCUGCUAUGAUCAGUUGAUGUUCUUCUAAACUAACAUUAAGAAAAAUUAAAGCUCACAAGUCAUUAUUCAUCUAGAAGCCACUCUUUUCUUGCAUAAACUAAGUGCAUAAAACUUUGAAUGAUUCAUGAUAUCCGAUAAAUACGUCAUUAUGCAGUGUAUCAAUAUUGUUAGUUUAGAGAAAUAUCAAACAUAUGUUUCCUUAUUUGUGAACUUUCACGCAAUAUGACUCCGAUUGUUUCGACCGCAUUGAAGCGACCAGCCGUGUCUCAUGGUACGUUGACAAAGUGUGACCAAGCUUCAAUUAUUACUCAACAAGCGUCAAAUUAACAAAAAUGAUUUGCUCUCAAAAACCACCAAUACGAAUAAUAUAAAUAGACAGAACAAAAUCUUUACGGUCAAUACUAUACAUUUUCUUAACCCCCCCCCCCUAGA